GACUCACUCCUCUUGGAAGUCCUCUUGCUGAGUAUAAUUUGGUUUUCUCAGCUGUUUAGAACUCACAUCUAAUUUCUGCAAAUAUGAUAAAGCAGUUAAGUUUUACCUUUGCUGCAGUUUUACUGCUUGGUUACCUGGACCUAAGUCUUCAAAUGCCACCCACACUUGCGCCUGACGUUUGUUGGACCAGAUGGUUCAAUCGAGACUUUCCCUCUGGACAAGGUGACUGGGAGACUUUGGAGAAACUGAGGAAAGAAUACCCAGGACAAAUCUGUCUCAAACCUCUGGACAUUCAGGCUGUUACAUCUGAAAGAUGGAUCCCAGCUGAAAACACACACCAGAUUUUCUACGCGUGA